AUGGGUCAAGAUGACGAAGACGACGCGCUAAUGUUGCAGUCGAAACAACAAAUCACAUUUAAUGUGGUGAAUAAGAGAAAGGUUGGUGAGGUUUGGGUGGGAUUUUUUGAAAAAUAAAUGAAAAUUGGUGGAUUUUGAGGGUGUAAAUGUGAAAUUCUGAUGAUUUUUGAGCAUUUUGAGCCCAAACUCGGGUGAUUUUUGUCAAAUUUGCCCUAUGAGGAGAGAGGUUUUCACUGAUUUGUGAUAAAUCCAGUUUUUCAUGAGAUUUUGGCCCUUUAUCCAAUUUGGUCUGAAAAAAUUGGAUUUCUGGAAAUCUACGCUGUGUGCUAGUUUUUUCCAGGUUAGGAUGGCUAGGAUAGGCUCGGCUGCUUCAGCACUAGGUUUUCUAGGCGCCGAUCCUUGACAGCUAGAUUUUCAAGGCUCGGCUACUUGACUUGGCUUCUAAGCUCUCAAGGUGCGGAUCCUUGAGAACUAGGUUUUCAAGGCUCGGCUGCUUGCCUUGCCUUCUAAGCUUUCAAGGCGCCGAUCCUUGACAACUAGGUUCUCAAGGCUCGGCUACUUGACACAAAACCAUAGGCCGUGGACUAGAUUUUUUGUUGGUUUUCUAGGUCAUGGGUGUUCCUAGGUUCACAGACCAUAAAACAAUGCUUUUUAUCUUAUCAUCUAGAAAAUAUGUUUUUCUUUUGAGAACAAAAAAAUUGAAACAGUAAUUAUUUCUUAUCAAAUUGUUUAUUUAUAGUUUGGAUUUGAAAAUGAAAAUGAGCAAAAAUCAAGAAAUCCGAAAUUUUGCUGAAAAAACGGCCUGGAAUCCUGAAUUUUCCAAUUUUCCCCGUUCCAAAAAUCGAUCUAAAAAUAUUUAUUUAUUUUUUCUUUUUCCCCAACAUCACAAAAAAAUGACACACAGAAAAAACAAAAAAAAAUUGGAGAGGCGCUGAAAAUUUUGAUGAAUCACCCCUUUUUUCCUGAUUUUUUCGUGCCCCCAGAAAAUUUUUCUUUUUUCUGUUUUUUCACAAAAAGAAGAAGAUUCUGAUGUCAUUUUUCAUUUUUGGCGCCAAAAAAUUCGGAUUUUUCCCCAAUCAAAAAGAAAAAAAUGGGAAAAUUUGGGAAAAAAAUCCGGUCCUAAUCAUUUUGGCAAACAGUUUUUGUGAUUUUUUGGCUGUUUGCUUCGUAAUGAGCAUUUACACAGAAUUACACGAUGUUUCAUCUUUUCGCGUUUUUUUUUGAUGAAUGAGUUAGCGGAACUAUAGCUUUUUGGGUUGAAAAAUAAGUCAUGGCCUAGAAAACCAAGUUUUAAUCGUGAAAUUCUAGUCCGCGGCGGCCUAGAAAACCCUAUAUUUUCUGUAGCAUUAGUUUGUGGCCUAGAAACCCAAAAAUAUUUGACAGCAUACAAAACCUAGGCCAUGUGAUUCAAAAACCUAGUAUUCAUCCUGGCCUAGCUAUCCCCAAAGUUAGUCCGCAUGACCUAGUUUCUAAGCCAUCUUGGUUUUCUAGGCCAUUAUUCAUCCAUUUUUCUACUGAUUCAUAUUCAAAAAACUCGGCCACGGCCUAGAAAUCUCUAAGAACGUGAAAACCUAGGUCAUGAUUCUGAUUCAGAAUUUCUGAACCUUAGCUCCCCCAUUUUAGUCCGCGGCCUAGUUUUUAAGCUCUCCUGGUUUUCUAGGCCAUGCUUUGAUUUAUUGCCCUUUUCACAUAGUUUAUAUCAUGUUUUUGUACAAAAAAUUAUCAUAAUCGAAUAUGAGAAAAUAUAAUUUUUUGUGACGAAUGGUAAUUUUCCACCCAAACCCGCUGAAUUUUUGCAGGACCAACUUCGCCGGUGGCAAAUCAGCGAAAUGAACGCGGAACCCGCGCGGCGCACCAAAAGACCCAAAGUGCAAUUCCAGGACAGCGAUAUAUUUUUGUCCGCCUGUAUGUCUGGAGAUGAAGAAGAGGUUGAUGAAUUAUUGGCCAAAGGAGCUGAUAUUAAUACGUGUACAUUGGAUGGAUUGACCGCGUUGCAUCAGGUAUGGUUUUGGAAGGGGGAAAUUUAAAUUUUGAACAAACUUCUGAAUCAAAUUUUUAGUGAUAUUUUGAUUCCUUGGUUUCUGAAAAGCUGAAAUUUACAAAAAAAGUAUUUUUUUUUUUUUGCUGGAAUUUGGAAGCUCUGAACCUUGAAAUUUUGGAUUUUUCUUUUUUUAUUCAAAAAUUGGCUAUGACGUGGAUUUUUCAAUUCAAAAAUCCAUGAAAUGAAUUUCGAGAUUCCUUAAAAAUCUAUAGAUUCACGUUUGCUAGAAAAUUUUAAUUUUUGAAAAAUCUAGAAUUCAAACGUGAUUUCUGAAAAGCUGAAGUUCUCAAAAGCUUCAAAAGUUUUUUGUUUUCGAAUUUUUGGUUAAAACAUUUUUUAUCUGAAAAUUAGCGUGGAUUUUUCAAAUGAAACAAAUUUCGGCGGGAUUCCCUAAGAAUCUGUAGAAUUUCAGGUUUCAAAGCUAAAUUUUUCAACCAAGCUAUGAUGUGGCAUUCAUUUUGGAUUCAUUUUUCACUCCCAAAAUCUUCAGAAUCUUGAGAUUCAAAAGUUUGUGCAGCUUCACUUUUGGAGCUCCAAAUUCAAAUUUCAAACCCAAAAUUUUGGAUUUCGAGAAUUUAUUUCCACGUGGCCAAAAUUUAGCUAGAAAGUUCUGGGGGUUUUGAGUGAAAAUCUGAAAAAUCUUAAAUUUUGAGUCGAAAAUGUUGUUUCCCUGGAUUUUUCGCUUGAAAAGUUCAGAGCUAUGAUGACGUGGAUUUUUCAUUUCAAGGAAUUUUGAAACUAAUUUCUAGCUUCAAAAGGUUACAGAAAAUUAAAAUUGCUACUAAAUCUAAAUUCUUUUUUGAAGCAAAAUUGCUUUCAAUCCAAAAUUGGUACGACCCUCUCAAAAAUACCUAUUUUUCCAGUCCGUCAUCGAUUCCAAACCCGAAAUGGUUCGUUUCCUCUGCGAAAAAGGUGCCGACGUGAACGCGCAAGACAACGAAGGUUGGACUCCGCUUCACGCAGCCGCAUGUUGCGGCAACGUUGCCAUCGUCAAAUAUCUCUGUCAACACGGUGCCGAUUUAUCAAUUGUGAAUAGCGAUAAAGAGUUGGCACUGGAUUUAGCUGUUGAAGAACCGUGUCGUGAAUUAUUGGAUAAUGAUUAUCGAAGACAGAAGAUUGAUGUUGAAGCGUGUAGGGAUAUGGAAUUGAAUUUGAUGAUGAAAGAUGCGAAAAGUUGGCUGGCGACGGGCGAGUUUCGAGAUAUUCCACAUCCAAGAACUGGGGGAACUGCUAUGCAUGUAGCAGCUGCCAGGGGAUAUACACAAUUGCUCGAAAUGUUGAUUAAGGUGAGGAAAAUUACAUGAAAUUCCCCAAGACUUGAAAAAAAUUACAAUUUUUAUUCAAAAAUUUUGAAUUUUGAGCCAAGUUUGUGGCUUUGAAAAUCCUAAAAUUUGAAUCUUUUCAAAAAAGAGAAAGCAUUGCUCAUAUCAAACUUUUUGAAACCAAAAAUGGCAUUGCUUAUAUGAUUCCAGGAUGUCCAAAUCUAUUGAUUGGCUGAAUUCAAUUUUGGACCUCUGAAACCUAGAUUUUUAGCUAAAAAUGAGCUAAAAGUGAAGAAUAUUUAAAAUUUUGGGCUUUUGAGAGCCCAUAACUUAUGUUAUAGAUGAUUUUUACGAAAAACUGAAUGCAUCACGUUGUUCAGGAGGGUCGAUUUACCAAACUCACGAAUUUCCAGAAAAAAAUUGUGGCUCAGAAUUUCACAAGUGAAUUUUUUGUCAGAACUUUUGAGUUUGCUAAAUCGACCCUCCUGAACAACGUGAUGCAUUCAGUUUUUCAAAAAAAUUAUCUCUAACAUGAGUUAUGGGCUCUCAAAACCAGGAAAUUUUAAAAAUUCUUGAUGAAAAGUCCAUUUUUGGACUUUUCGGAGAGUUGCUCAGCAAAAACUGAAAACAGGAUAUUUCGCAGACUGAAAAAGUUGAUUUUUGCAAAAAAUUAGGGUUUUUUGUCCCCAUAGCUUUGAAAUUGCUCAAAAUUUUUAAAAUUGAAGGCUUCUCCUCAAAAAUGAAUCCUGAUUUUCUGAUUCCAUCGAGACACCGCCCAAUCGGGAUUUUUAUUAAAAAGGUAGAAUUAAUUUUCAAAAACUCACGUGAAAACCUUGUGACCCAAUUUUUUCUUUCCCCAGAAAAAUUUAGAAAAUCCCAGCUCAUUUCUCAAUUUCUAGUAUUAAGCGUGAAAACUGGACAUUUACAGUGAGUUUUAAGAAAUUCAGGACUUGUACUUGAAAAAUUGAAAUAUUUGCUAAAAUUUCAAAAUCUCAAAUCAAUUUCUGUUCCAGGCCGGCGGCAAUAUCCGAGCCCAAGACAAAGAUGGUUGGACUCCUCUCCACGCCGCAGCUCAUUGGGCCGAAAAAGACGCGUGUAAAAUACUGAUCGACAACGGCGCCGAUAUCACCGAUCAAACUUUCGCCGGUCAAGAUGUGAUUACUGUAGCUGACAAAGAUGUUGUGGAUUAUUUGGUGGAGUUGGGAGAAGUUGCGAAAACUAGGAAUGGAGAAAAGCGCGGGAAAAGUCCGGCGGUUUUGCAGGAUAAAAAUCAUCGAAAUCAUCAUGAAGAGCAUAUUUUGUCGACUGAACGGAAGAGAGAUUUGCAACAUAGGGAUCAGCAUAGGUAAGGGAGUUCGGGGGAUUUUUAAAAAUGUGAAAAAUGAGUUAGGAUAAGUCGAAAUGCCUAUAAAGUUUGCUGAAAAUUGGGGAAAUUUUGUUUGAAAAUUCCAACAAAAUAUUGAAAAUUAAUAUUUUUUGGGUCACGUAGAAAAAACAGCGUCUAAGAGAUUCUGGUUUUCAAGUAGCGGCGCCUUGAGAACCUACUUGUCUAGGGUCAGCGCCUAGAGAUUCGCUCUGGCAAGAAGCCGCGCCUGAAGAGCAUAGGUUUCAAGCAGCCGCGCCUUGAAAGUUUAAUUGUUCAGGGUUAGCCGAGUCUAGGGAGCCUUAUUCUCAAGCAGCCAAGCCUAUAGAACCGACUUGUGUAGAACACGUGCCUGGAGAUUCUAGUUUUCAAGUAGUCAGCGCCUAGAGAAUCCACUCUGGCAAGAAGCCGCGCCUUGAGAAGUUCUAUGGCAAGUAGUCCGAGCCUACAAAACCUACAUUUCAAGUAGCCGCGCCUAGAGAUCCACUCUGGCAAGGGUCUGCACCUUGAGAGGCUUCUUCGCCUAGUAGCCGCGCUUUGAAAGUUCAAAUGUUCAGGGUUAGAGCCUAGAGAGCAUAAUUUUCAAGUAGCCGCGCCUAUUGAACCUACUUGUCUAUUUAUCAGCUUCAUUUCGGCAAAAAAUCUCAUUUUCACCACGUUUGAGUGAAAUUUUGAUCCAAAUUUAUAAUUUUUAAAAAACGAAAAAAAUACGUUUCAAAAUUUUGAUAUAGUUUAUUAUCAAAUUUUUUUCAAUAAUGUUCCAUUUAUCUGCUCGAAUAAAUCAAAACCAAAAAUAAUUGGAAAAACCUGAAAAUCAUCUACACUUUCUUAUCCAAAAUUUCUCACCAGAAACCAGAAAUUCCAAAAAUUUCCUCACCAAAACGCCCUUCUCCUUCAUCUUCUAUCAUUUUUUCUAUCGCUUACCCUUUUGUUUAAAUAUUUCUAGCGAAAAUGAGUUUCUUCACACUUCUUCAUCACCUCAAACAUCUUCAACAACAACAACGACAAAUGCAACAAUUCACGAAAUCAUCCCAGCAACUUCAGUUAGCCUAACUUUGAAACCACGACAAAGUUCAGAGGAAGAGGAAGAAGAGGAAGAUGAAUCGGCUGAAAAUGAAGAAGAGGAUGAAGCUGAAGAGGAAGAUGAAGCUGAGGAAGAAGAAGCUGAAGAAGAGGAGGAAUUGGAGCAAGAAAGGUAAGGAGCACCUUUUUUUGCUUUGGGAUAAGCUUUGGAGCAUGAAAUGUGCACUUUUGGGCUGGAAAAAAAGAAAAAUGGCGAAAAUUGCUCUGAAAACAUGAAAUUUGAUCAAUUUUUUCUAAAAAAUUCUGGAAUUUCUAACUCAACAUUUAUUUAUUUUGAGAAAUUUCAGAGAUUUGUCUGAAAAUCAGUUUCCCAUUUUUCCAGACAAAAUUCUGAAAGUCUAAUCUCAUCCAACCGAACAUCAAGUGAAAGAGAAACAUCCAUGGAACCAACGACAGCUUCGGAAAUCUCUGGAGCUGGAUCUGGAUCUUCUCGACAAACAUCAGUAACAUCAUCGACAUCGACUUCAAAUGGAACAGGAUCAAGAUUUGGAUCGUCGAGAUCGGUUUCGGUGACUGGAUCUGGGGAAACUCCAAGAUCAUCGAUGGAAAAUGAGAUUGUGGCACCAACUCCGAUUUCCGCACCACCGCCAAAAGUUGUUCAUCAAUCGCCGAGUUCGUGGAUUAAUCGAGGAUUUCCGUUGGCGACGAGGUUGGUGAUUUUUUUUGCGGUGAAAAAUGGAUGAAAAUGAGCUGGAUUUAUCAGAAAAUUAUGAUUUUUUACCUUAAAUUCUCCUGAAAAUCAUGAUUUUUUGGACCUAAAAUCAAUGAAAGUGGAGAUAAUUUAUGAAUUUUGAUAGAAAUUCAACGGGAAAUCAUGAUUUUUCACCUGAAAUUCCCUGAAAAUCAUGAUUUUUUGACCUAAAAUCAAUGAAACUUGGCUGAAAUUGUUCCAGACCCAAUUUUUUCAAUAACAACAUUUUAUUUAUUUUUUUGUGAAUCAUCUUUUUUUUCAUGAAAAAUGUUUUCGGAAAAGGGCGAAGUUUCUUCUUUUUUUUGAGGUCGAGAAAAUAUUUUUUUUUCUAUUUUUGGAAAAAUUUUGAUGAUAGGAAUAUAGAUUGCUCAUGUUAAUUAACUUUGAUUCUAGGAAUCUAGAUUGCUCAUGUUAGGAUUUCCUGAAUUCUGAUAGCCCCAAGAUUGCUCAUAUUAAUUCAUACCAAAAUCGUUCAAUUCCAGAUCCUCUAGCUCCUCAAUCACUCGGAGUAAUUCUACACCAAUAUCUGAACCACCAACCACAAGUGCCACAAUUCAACAAGUUCCGCCAACUCUAUCAUCCACCAAUAGCAAUUCGAAUAAUCUAAUGUCUGGAACUAUUUCGAGCAUGGCGAAAACCGCGAAUUCGAAUUCAGGUUCGGUUCCGAACACGCCAUCGCCGGCUGGAAGUGUUACGAUUUCGGCGACUUUCACCAAGCCAAGGUGGGUUUUGGGCGGAUUUUUGGGUGGAAAAAUGCCAAAAAUUCAGAAAAUGAGCCACGUGGAUUUGAAAAUUUCAAAAAAAAGUUUAGAAUUUGAAACAGCGAAAAAAUUGAAUUUUUAAAAAAAAUUUUAAUUCCAAAUUUUAAAUUUUCAACCUAAAAAUUCCACGUGGAUUUUUGAAUUCCACGUGGAUUUUUUGGUGCUGAAAAUUUGAUUUUUGAAUUUUUUUGAAAAUUCUGAAUCCCAAAUUUUCAGCCUAAAAUUUCACGUGGAUUUUUUGGUGCUGAAAAUUCUUUUUAAGAGCUCGUUAAGAUUUCAGAAGCUAAAAAUUUCGAAAUCUAAUUUUUUAAUCUAAAAUUUCAAAAACUUUCGAAAAAAAAUUCAGAAAUUUUAAUUUUGAUACAGCGAAAAAAAUUGAAUUUUCAAAAAAAUUUUGAAUUUCAAAUUUUCAGCUUAAAAUUCCAUGUGGGUUUUUGAAUUCCAAGUGUCACGUGGAUUUUUUGGUGCUGAAAAAAUCAAUUUUUGAAGAUUUUAGAAGUGAAAAAUUCUGAAUUCCAAAUUUUCAGCCUAGAAAUCCACGUGGCAACCAAAUUCACAAUAAAAAUUAACCGAAAAUUCUACAUUUUUCAAAAAAAAAUUGCAUGUUCUUUGUCCCUGUCAAAUUAUUGUUUCAAUUCAGUUUUUGUCCCGUUUUUGUCCUUGUCCUUGUCCCAAAUUUUUAGUUUCUGUGUCUCAUUUUAGCCCGGAAGUUACACGAAGUCCAUCCCAGCCAACCAACGUCCCGUGGGCCUCACUUUGGUCCACUCAAAACGGCCCCCAAAAUUCGGGCCAAAUCCGUUCGCAAAUCCAACACUUCCGCAACAAUUCGUCGUCGGCAUCGCUUCCGCGAAUGUCCGCAUUCCGCGUGCCACCAACGCGGACAUAUUCCGGACAGAAUGUGACGACCAGAAAUGCGCCAGUCUUGCAACAAGUCAACCUGGAGAAUAUCCCAAAGGUUUCACACCGCAACAAAUUCAACCCGAGAAAAUGAGGUUUGCGAAUUUUUUAUGUUGUUUUGUCCUUGUGAUUUUAUGUUUUUAUGUUGAAAAAAAUUGGGAAAAUUUGAAUUUUUGAGGAAUUUUGGGCUAAAAAAGUGAAUUUUUAACAAAAAAAUAACACAAUUUUUUCGAGAAAUAUCGAUUUUUAGGUUUCUGAACCUGACAAUUUUUCAAAAAAUUCAUAAUUUUUAUAGAAAUUUGGACCUAGAAAACCUAGUUAAGAAGCAGCCGCGCAUUGAGAACAAAUGUGGCUAGGACCCGCGCCUUGAGAGACACUCUUGACAAGCAGCCGCGCCUUGAUAGCUUCUAUGUCAAGAAGCCGCGUCUAGAGAACCUAGUUAUCGAGUAGCUGAGCAUAGAGAGCCUAGUUGAGAAGCAGCCGCGCCUUGAGAACAAAUGUGGCUAGGCACAGUGCCUUGAGAAGCUCUCUUGUCAAGUAGCCGACCCUAGACAAACUGAUUGUCUAGAAAUCAAAUGUGAUAUGGUUUUUUUAUUGAAAAUUGUAUGUUUGCCUUUAAUUUUUCCACGUGGCAAUUUUUCUCUUCAGGUCCAAAUUUUUCAUGAAAAUUCUGAGUUUUUGAAACUUGUUCAGACGGUUCAGAAACCGAAAAAUCGAUAUUUUUUAACCAAAAAAGUUGUGUUUUGUGCAUUUUUUCUCAUCAAAAAUCAUUUUUGAAAUUUGACACCUCGAGGUUGUUUUUUGUUACAAAAAGGUCCCCCUCCAAAAUCCGCAGUUUUUCCAGCCGCUGGCAAUCGAAAACGGUGAAUGAAAGUGAAGCGGAACGCCGCAAUAAUUCUCGAAUGCAACGACAACAUCGACGAUCCACCCAAGGUGUCACCAAAGAACAAUUGGAAGAAGCGAGUCGAUUGGCUGGUUUGGGAGGAGGAAAUGAGGAAACUGCCAAUAGAAGGAACUCGACGACGAGUGUUUUGCCCGGAAUUUCGGUGGGUUUUUAGAGUUUGAGCAGGGGGAAAUUUGGAGCAUUUUGAGCCCGAAUUUGACUGGAAAUCUUUAGAAAAAUGAGAUAAAAAUCAUGUUUUUCUGAAAAUUUGGAGAUUUUUGUUCUUUCUCACAUUGUGAGCCUAAUUUUGAACUAAAAAUUUUAUUUUUUUUAAUUCUGAAAUUUUUAAAAUUAGGAUCAACGUUUCGAGGAGAAAAUCACUGAAAUUCGGUGUGUCAAGUAGCCGCGCCGAGAAAAGUAAUUGUCUAGGACCCGCGCCUUGAAAGAGACUCUAGCAAGUAGCCGUGCCUUGAGAACCUAGUUCUCAAGUAGCUGAGCCUAGCGACUCUAGUUUUCAAGAAUCUGAGGCUAGAGAACCUAGUUGAGAAGAAGCCGCGCUUAGAGAACCUAUCUGUCUAGGAGCCGCGCCUUGAGAGCCAUUUUCAAUUCUAAAAAACUUGAAUUCGUUUUUUUUUGAAAAUUGUUCGUUUGGCUUUUAUUUUGCCACGUGGAAAUGUCUCUCAAGUUUCAAAAAAUCUGAAAAUUUUUCGAAAAAUCCCGUAAAAAUGAAUUUUUCUUCUAUAAACGUUGAUUUUCAGCCAAACUCAAAUUUAGGGUAAAAAUUUGUUUUUCGGCAAGAAAAAUGCGAAAAUUCGGAACUUUUUGUACUAGAAAGUUCCAAUUUCAAAUCCUAUCCAAAAUUUUCAAAAAAAAUUGCCUGAAAAUGCCUGCCUUGUUGAUUUGUUUGCUCUUCUCAGCAUCGUGUUCCUUUAAAAUAUCUAGCCUCUCUUUUCCCCCUCUCAUUUCUCCGUUAUCUCUCUUCUCCCUCUUCUUCUUAUGUGUGCUUUUUUAGACUUACAAUAACUCGAUCUCCACAAAUAACAACAAUAAUGUUCGAUUGGCAUCUGAGGAAAAGGAUUUGUCUGAAGAUAACGCAACUCCUGACAUCUCAACAACUGCUGUUUUCUCAUUGAAUAAUCCGGUUGCGAAUAAUGUUCGAAGGAAAAGUCAGGUAAAUUCCAAAAAAUUUGAAUUUUGUCAUUUUUCGCGCUAAAAAAUCUACGGAAAACUCCCAAAUUUGAUUUUUUCCCAAAAAAAAAGAUGUUUUUUCCAUGCUUGCUGAAUGAUUUUUGAAUGAAAUUGAAUGCCUUCCGAAAUUUUAGAAAUGACAAAUAUUUUUUUGUUUUCGCAACAAAAAACAAUUUUUUGUUUAUGCUUUGUCAUUUUUUCGUUCAACAAAAAUUGAAACAUUUUUAUUUUUCGUAUGAAAAUGACAACACCGUAUGCUAAGGAAAUUCGAAGGAAAUCGAUUCAGGUUGGGUUUUGAGCGCGUGAAAAUUUUGGGAUUUUUGAAAAUUUCAAAUUCAUCUUCAGAAUUUUCAAGUCCCAGUUUUUAGUCUGAAAUUUUUAAAUUCAAAUUUUUAAUCAUUUUUGACCUCAUUUUUGAUGUGAGAAAAAUUUUAGCCUCAAAUUUUCCUGAAUUUUUUUUUUUGAAAAUUAGUGCAUUUUUUAAAGGCUGAAUUUUAGAACACUGAAAAAUUCAUGUCAAAUUUUCAAAAUUCAAAAUUUCGAUCAUUUUUGACCUCAUUUUUUAUGUGAAAAAAAUUCUGAUUUGAAAAUUCCAAAUUCAUCUUAAAAGUUUUAAAGUCCCAGUUUCAGUCUGAAAUUUUGGAAAAUUCGAAAUUUAUAUCAUUUUUUGCCAUAUUUUUGAUGUGAGAAAAAUUUUAAACUGUUUUUUCAUUUUUCCUGAUUUUUUUUUCAAAAACAAUUUUAAUAUUGGGAAAACCCAUGUCAAAUUUUCAAAAUUCAAAAAUUUUUUUGCACCGAAAUUUUCAGCAUGUCCUAUUCAUUUUCCCAACCUUUUCAGUUUCAUUUUUUCCAUAUUAUUCAUACUAUAGUCUAGUCUAGUGUUUGGUUCAUCUUCCAGGGUCUCUCAUUAUCCCGUUCAAGUCGCCGUGCAACUGGCCCAGUCAACCCCGAAGACUUGGCUCAACUCUCCACCACUUCCCCCAACACAUCGCCAAACACCUCGAUGAAUCUACGCCUCGCCUAUUCGCCGGCCUCAAUUCGAUCCAACACUGGAACUGUGCCAACAAUGACGUCGAGAUUUUCGAGUGGCGAAAAGGCGGCGAGCUUGCCGCCGACGCAUUUGAAUGGAGCCGCGACUACUGCGGUUUGUUGUUUUUUUUUUCGUAGUGCUUGAGAUUUUGUGUUGGGAAUAGUGGUUUUUUGGUUGCAUGGGACUUUUAAAACUGUAAAUUUUGAAGCUGAAACUAAAAAUUGUAGUUUUCAUUGAUUUUCAGCGAAUUGUGCUGGAAAAAAGUCAUUUUUUUGUGCGAAAAUUCUAGAAAGAGAAAAAUUUUGAACACAUUUUGUACAGUAGACUUAGAGUAACUUCGACUAGACCUACAGUAACCUAUACUUAUAUUGAAGUUAGAUAAUUGUCCUCUAAUCUUUCAGGCCUGGCUUCAAGAGUACUGUAGGGUUUUUAAGCUUACUGUGGAUUUUUGGCCCAGUUUUGACAACUACAGUAAUCUAGACUGUAGAUUUUUGUCCCUAUCUUUGAAAAUAAUAAAACUACAGUAAUCUCAGCUUGGCCUAAAUUCAGGCCUGACUUAAUAUUUUCAAGCUUACUAUAGAUUUUCGGCCUAAUUUUGAAAACUACAGUAAUCUGGACUUGGUCUAAGUUCAGACCUGACUUGAUAUUUUUAAGCUUACUGUGGAUUUUCGGCCUGAUUUUGAAAACUACAGUAAUAUGGACUUGGCCUAAGUUCAGACCUGGCUUUUAGGGUACUGUAGGGUUUGGAUUCGUUUUUUUUUUUGAAAAUUGAGAAACUACAGUAAACUGGAGUAAGUUGAGACCUGCAUUGAUAUUUUUAAGGUUACUGUAGAUUUUUGUCCCUAUUUCUGGAAGUUAGAAAAAUACAGUAAUCUCGACUUAUGCUUAAAUUCAGGCAUAGCCUAACAUUUUGCAGGGUUACUGUAGGGUUUGGAUUCGUUUUUUUGAAAUUCAAGAAACUACAGUAGUUUGGAGUUAGCUUAAGUUCCUUAAAAAAGCUUACUAUAGAUUUUCGGCCCAAUUUUGAAAACUACAGUAAUCUGGACUUGGUCUAACUUCAGGCCAAAAACCGGCUAAUAAAUUUUGAAGUAAAAAAAUCCCAUAAAAUUUUUAAACUAUGUGAAAAACGCAAAACCACAGGUGCUAUGAUUUAUGACUUCUCAAAAUAUUUUUGAGAUAAAGUGCUGAAUUUCAGCUCAAAGUUCACUAGAAUUCACAAUUUUUUAGCUGACAGCCCGUGUUUUUGACGAUUUUUCUCCAAUUUCCAGCUUUUUGAGCCAAAAAUGCUGAUUUUCAGCUCAAAUUUCACUGAAUUCACAAUUUUUAAGCUGAAAACCCGCAUUUUCGCCAAUUUUUCUUGAAUUUCCAGCUUCCAAAAUAAAAUCCAGAUUUUUCUAAUAAUCUGAAUUUGGCCUAAGUUCAGGCCAAAAAGUUCUAAAGUCAAAAUAAUCAUAUAAAAUUUUCAAAUUAUUUUUGAGCUCUAAGUGUUUUUUCAGCCAAAAUUCAUGAUUUUCAGCUCAAAUUUCACUAAAAUCCACAUUUUUCUGCAUUUAAAAAUUCAAAUAUUUAUUUAUUAAUUUGAAUUUUGAAUCUAGUUUGCUCCCCCGCAAAUAAAAAAAUUUAGUUUGACCCCUUUUUUUCUUCCACUUUUGUUUCAUUCAAAAAGAAGAGUGUCAACAAUUUUGUGACGCAAACCCUUAUUUGUUUUUUUUCGAGAAAUUUUUUUCAGGAAUUUUUCUGGAAUUUUCAGCCCGAAAACUGAAAUUCCAGAUUUUCUUGAUGAUUUUUUGAAAAAACGAAACUCUGCGGUUUUAAAUGAUAUCAAAUAAGUUAUAUUUUAGUUUUAGAAAGUUUUUGAGCUCCGUGAGCUCUUCUAAGCUCCGCCCACAAUUUUUUUUGAGCUUUGAGCAGGGCUCGAGACAGAUAUAUUUACUCAACAAAAUACUGAGAUUUUCUAACCUAACCUAACUAUUUUUUAUAUAUUUUUUUUGCUAGAAAUGAUCUCAACUAGUAGAAAUUCGAGAAAUUUACAACGAAGAUAUCCGUAUGAGGCGAAAUCGCAAAGAUUGGCGAAAAUGCGCGCUUUCAGCUCGGAAAGGGUGGGAUUUUGGCUGAAAAUCAUGAUUUUUUGGUUGAAAAUGAGCACUUUGCUAAAAAAUUUUCAAAAAAAAAGUCAUAAAUCAUAUUUUUCGAACACCUGUGAAGUUUUUUCACACAUUUUUCGUUUAAAAAUUUGAUGGGAUUUUUUUUUGGCUUCGGCGGUUUUUGGCAUCUUCUCGGAUUUCAAGAAUUUUUUGAAGAGAAACCGGAAGGAACUUUGGCAAUUUCCUGUUUAUGGAAUUUUGGAAGCUGAAAAGUUGAGAAAUUCUAGAUUUUUCUGAAUAACUUUAUUUGAAGUUCUUUGAAAAUUUGGGGAAAAUCAGAAAAUUCUGAAAUUUUUUGAACUGAAAAUUGAGGAUUCGCUGAAAAUUUUAAAUCUAGCUGAAAAUACUGAAAAUUGUGUUCAAAAUUAUAGAUUUUUCUGAAUCAAGAAGAUCUGAAAACUCUUUUCGUUUCGAAAUUUUAAAAAUUUAAGGAAAAUCAGAGUUCUGGAAUUUUUUGAAUGUCUGAAAAUCUGAAAAAAAAUUGAAUAAGAGAAUUCUGAGCUUUGAGCUGAAAAUCUGGAAAUUUUGUUCGAAAAUUCUAGAUUUUUCUGAAAAUUUGGGAAAAUCAGAGUUUUGGAAUUUUUUGAUCUGAAAUUUUCUGAAUGUCUGAAAAUCCUAAAUUUCCAGAUAAAAAUCUAGAAUUUUAAUGGAAUUUUUCUAUAAAUUUUGCUUGUUAAAAUUGGUACGAAAUUCCUGAAAAUAAUAAAAUUUUGUUUAAAAACUCUAGAUUUUUCUAAAAAAAAAAUUACAAAAGUAUAUUUUUUGCUGAAAGUUCCACUGAUUUUUCGAAAUUCUAGCAAAAAUCCAAUCAUUUUUCCAGCCAUCAAUCUCAUCCCGAAGUGCAAUCGUCGCCGGUCUCUCACCAGCUCCAUCCGCCUCAAUUCGAAAUCCACCACCAACAUCGAACCUGGCCUCAUCUUCCGGAAUCUCAUCGAUCGUCAAUUCAGCCAAUCGAUAUGCGCCAGCAACAACAUCUUCCUCAUUAUCAUCAUCCAACAAUUCCACGUCGGUUUUGAAUAAUCCAACGAGUUCCUCUUAUUCGUUGCAUGUGAGUGAUUUUUUUUCUAGCUGGGAGAGAAAAAUCUGAAAUUAUUUUUUUCAGAGCCGCCCGACUGAAACCAAUCUUAACUACAAAGCAUUGUAUGAGAAGGAAAAAGCGGAAUGCGAUCGAUUGAGACGAGAAAAUGAUGAUUUGAGAAGAUCGUCGUCUUCAGCAACUGUAGAUGUGAGUUCUCUGCGUCUCUGACCUUCUAGCUGUCUGGUUUCUCUGCGUCUCUAACUCUAUAGUCUUAUCGUAUUUUCUGGCUUCUCUGGCGUCUCUAAAUCUUCAGCCGAUUUUUCUGCGUCUCUAACCUUCCCUCUGCCUGAUUUCUUUGGCGUCUCUAACUCUCUAGCCGACUUUUUUAGUGUCUCUAACUCUUUAGCCGAUUUUUCUAGCGUCUCUAUCUCUCUAGCCGAUUUCUCUGCGUGUCUAACCCUCUAGUUCUUUGAUUUCUCAGCGUCUCUCAAUUCCACAUGCUCUCUGAUCCAGCGAUUUCUCUGCGUCUCUAACCCACCUAGCUGUCUGGUUUCUCUGGCGUCUCUAACUCUCUAGCCGAUUUUUCUAGUGUCUCUAACCCUCUAGCUUCCCGAUUUCUCUGCAUAUCCCAAUUCUACAUGCUCUCUAAUCGAGGGAAUUCUCUGCGUCUCUCUCUCUCUCUCUUUGUAUGGCUUCUCUGCGUCUCUAACCCUCUAGCUGUCUGAUUUCUCUAGUGUCUCUGCGUCUCUAACUUUAUGGUAGUCUAUACCUAGCCAUGGGCCAGGUUCUCUGCGUCUCUAAUUCUAUUGCCUUACCUUUCUCUCUUUUGUCUGGUUUCUCUGCGUCUCGAACCCUCUAGCUGCCUGAUUUCUCUGUAUAUCUCGAUUCCAUAUGCUCCCUAAUCGAGCGAGUUCUCUGCGUCUCUAACCCAUCUAGCUGUCUGAUUUCUCUGCGUCUCUCAAUUCUACAUUCUCUCUAAUCCAGCAAAUUCUCUGCGAUUCGAACUUUCUCGUAGACUAUCAAAACCCCCCCCCCAAAAAAAUACGUUUCAAAUAUUUUUCAAAUGAAACCCUCAAUCAAUUCAAAAUUGAUGCAGAGUGUACUGAAUGUGGAAAUAAUUAUUGAUUUUUGUUUCAUUUCAGAAUUACCGUACUGGUGGCACAUCAGCAGUGUCAUGGCGAAAUCGUAAUUCGUCACCAUCUAGUCAUAAUAAUAGCCUUUCGGUAGCCCGAUCCACUUCUUUGGCCACUUUUGAUGAACAAGAGAGAAGAUCGAUGGAAAGACGAAUUACCGAAUUGGAAACGCAAUUAAGUGUGAGUUUUUUUUUUGAGCUUGAAAAAUGUUUGGAGCAAAAUUUUGACACCAGAAUGCAAAUUUUCGCAAAAUUCUUCAGAAAUCUGAAAUUUCAGUAGCUGUAAAUUGUUUUUGAAUAAAAAAUGAACAGAUCGAAAAUUUAGAAAUUUUUUUGACACCAAAUUUUGAAUGUUCUCAAAAUUUGCCUGCAAAAAAUCUGCCACGUGGAUUUUCAGCUGGAAAUUGAGAAUUUUUCAGACCGAAAAAUUUAGGAAUUUUUCCUCGAAAUUUUGAAUUUUCUAAAAAUUGCCUAUUUUUUGACAUAAAAAAUGUUAAAUUUCAAAAAAAAAAUCUCAAAGCCACCUGGAUUUUCUGCUGAAAUUCCCCUGAAUUUGAGCUUUAAAAUCAAGAAUUUCAAAUAAAAAUCUGGAAUUUCAAAUGUAAAUUGUUUUUGAAUUAAAAAAUUUUCAGACCGAAAAAUUUAGGAAAUUUUCCUCGAAAUUUUAAAAGUUCUAAAAGUUGGCAAUGUUUUGACACCAAAAAUUUCAAAUUUCAAAAAAAUCUGCCACGUGGAUUUCUAGCUUCAAAAUCCCAUUUUUUUCCAGACAACUCAAAAUCUUCGCCAAGAAAAUUUGCGGCUGAAAGAGGAAAACGGUGCACUGGUACGCGUCAUUUCGAAAAUGACAAUUUAG